AUGUGGGCGCCCACCAGAUGGGAUUCUCGUUGGGAAAGCAUCGAUGCUGUUAUUAAAAAUUACCCAGCUAUUCGUCGAGCAUUUGAAGAAAUAAUCGAAGAAGGUGGUGAUCGCUCAAUAGAUGCACGUGGUUUGAUUUUAGCUGUCAAAGAGCCGAUUUUUCUCGUAUCAUUGUGUGUUUUGAAUCGUUUAAUGGGUCGGUCCGAACAACUCAAAAGUGUUGCGAUAGACUACGGUGCUGCUGCACAGCUAAUUUCAUCUGUAACCAAACAGUUUGAGAACAUGAGAAACGAAGAAUCAUUCAAAUUGGUUUACAAUGAUGCCUUGAAACUUGCUCGUGACAACAACAUUAACCUGGAAGAAAUAAUAAGAACUCUACGACAAACGACCAUUCCAGCCCGAUUCAAGGAUUCAAUCAUUACUAGUACAAUCGGUAAACGAGAUAGAGCAGAGAAUGAAGAGAAAUUUCGACAAAUCAUUUACUAUUCGGCACUCGAUUGUAUUCUCAUUGAACUCAAUGAUCGUUUCUCCGACGAAAAUAUGCAACUAUCUAAGAGCAUCUCGGCACUGAAUCCCGAGAAUCAGACAUUUUUAAAUCUCGAUCUGUUGAAACCUUUGGCCACGCACUUGAAUCUCGAUCAUCAAACAUUAGCAAAUGAACUGGCUGUGUUAAAACCGAUGAUGAAACAGUCGAAAUGGAAAACCAUCAAUGAAGUUCUUCAUGAACUUCAUCCGUUGACCAGUGCAUUUCAGACAACAACGUCUCUUAUCAAAGGCGGCAUGACAAUUCCGGUAUCAUCCACGACUUGUAAAAGAACUUUUUCCAAGAUGAAAAUUAUCGAGACUUAUCUAAGGAAUUCCAUGACAGACGACAGGCUCAGUGAUCUUACUGUGUUGGCUGUAUAG